AUGGUGAUGGACGUAGCAAUUUUUGGUGCAACUUGUUCUCCUACACAGUCACAAUUCGUGAAAAAUAAGAAUGCAGAUGAACAUGCGGAAGUCUACCCAAGGGCUGCUAAAGCGAUUAAAGAAAGACAUUAUGUCGACGACUACCUUGAUAGUCUCGACAACCCUGAUGAAGCUGUUGAGUUGGCGUUAGAGGUGGCAAAAGUUCAUGCCACUGGUGGGUUCAUAAUCCGGAACUGGAUUUCCAACCAGCGCACCGUGAUGGAGCGGAUCGGAGAAACCAAUCCAACUACGGGGAAGCGAUUUGUUGGAGAAGGUGGUGUUGAACGUCUGCUGGGUAUAGUCUGGAUGCCGGAGGAAGAUGUUUAUACCUUUUCAUUGAACUACAGUGACAGUGUCCGCGCGCUGAUUGAAGGGGAAGUAGAUCCCACCAAGCGGAAAAUGCUGCGGUUGGUGAUGAGUAUUUACGACCCCAUGGAACUGGUGGGGGCGUAUGUCAUCCAUGGGAAAAUCCUUAUACAAGAUGUCUGGAGAGGGAGAACUGACUGGGAUGAGAAGGUUCCCCUGAAAGUGCUCGGUCGAUGGAAGCAGUGGUUAACGGUCCUAAGGAAGAUGGAUCACGUUAAUAUUCCCCGUUGUUACUUUCCCGGUUACGAUCCAGUCAGUUACCGAUCACUACAACUGCAUAUUUUCGUCGACGCGAGUAAACAAGCCUUCGCAGCGUGUGCUUAUUUCCGCAUCGUGGACCGAGAACGAGUACGUUGCUGUCUAGUUGCAUCGAAAACUGAAGUGGCGCCACUGAAACCUUUCUCAAUCCCUCGCUUGGAGUCAAUGGCAGCAGUGAUAGGAGUGCGGUUAAGGAAAACAAUCGUCGAGAACCAUUCAGUACAGAUCCAAGAGACGUUCUUUCAUAAUGAUGCCACGACUGUGCUUUCCUUGAUCAAGUCUGACCCACGUCGCUAUCGGCCAUUCGUUGCAUUCCGCAUCAGCGAGAUAUUGACUAUGUCUACGGUUACAGAAUGGCGAUGGGUCCCCACUAAACUCAACGUCGCUGACGAAGCCACAAAAUGGGGACGAGGUCCAUCGUUUGAACGAGACAGCCGUAUCAUGAUUGGACCUUUGUUCUUAUGUGAUGAUCAGCAAGAGUAG